ACAGAUCUGGGCCGACAGGCCGGUGCGUGCUGGGGAGAGCCGCGCAAGGCUGCUCUGGGACGCAGCAGGUUUUAAUGAGCCAGAUUCUGGUCCCGCUGAAUCGGGGCGUCACUGAGCGAAGCCAGCGGGGCCCCUCCCCGGCAGGCGGUGGGGUGUGUGUGGGGGGGAGGGAUGUCUCUGAGGGCUGUGAUUGGCCCUUAGGGAACGAUCCCCCAAGUUCUUCAGAGGGCAAGAUUAUGUCCCCGGAGCGGGGGCUCCCUGGCCUCUUGCCCCCCCCUGCUCCGGCUCCAAGUUACAGUCGCUCCGGGCGGGCGCGCCCCGGUCCCCAGCCCCGGUGCCCACCCCACCCAGGCCCCAGUGCCUGCAUCCCUGGCGUGCAGGUGCGGGCAGCCCCCAGGCUCAGACCCCACGUGCUCAGCGCUGCCCGGGUAGAGUCCUGGCUCCGCAGAGAUCCCCGGCGGCGCUACUCCCUCCGGCCCGGCUCCGCCGUCUGCAGCAGCCUCCUCUGCGGGAGAGGGGAGCGUAGCUCCGCCUCUGGCGGCUCUGGGACUGCCCCAUAAAGGCAGCUGCCGGCGGGCAGCGGGACCCGAGCUGCAGCAUCUGCCCGUGUGUAUCGCGCGCGGCGCUUGGCGAGUCCCGACCCCUGCCGGCCCCCAGAGGGAGGCAGCAACAGCAGCAGCCCGCUCGUGGGCAGUGGGAUCACGGCGCCUGCACGCGCGGAGCCAUCCCUGCCAGGGGCAAGGACCGAGGGGCAAAGGCAUUGCAGAGCGCCUGGCGCUCCCAGCCAGGGCAGUUCGGUGCGUUGUGCAGAUGAGCUUGGAGAUGAGACCGGUGCCCUUAGCCGAGAGGCUUCUGGUUCUUCCAGUAGCCCUGGCACAGGAGAAGAGCUCGGGGGACCAUACAGCGGUCAGCGGACCUCACUUCUUUCAGAUCGUCUCUUUCAAAUGGCAUCAUGUGCAGGAGCCCUACAUCAUUGCACUCUGGAUACUUGUGGCCAGUCUGGCCAAAAUCGUUUUCCACUUGUCCCACAAAGUCACCCGCGUGGUUCCAGAGAGCGCUCUGCUGAUUGUCCUUGGCCUCUUUCUGGGCGGUAUCGUGUGGGCUGCAGACCACAUUGCCUCCUUCACCCUUACACCAAAUGUAUUUUUCUUCUACCUGUUGCCACCCAUUGUCUUAGAUGCUGGAUACUUCAUGCCAAACAAAUUGUUUUUUGGAAAUCUUGGUACCAUCCUUCUGUAUGCUGUAAUCGGGACUGUAUGGAAUGCUGCCACAACAGGCAUGUCUCUCUAUGGUGUUUACCUGAGUGGAAUAAUGGGCCAGCUUGACAUUGGGCUGCUGGACUUCCUUCUGUUUGGCAGCCUGAUAGCUGCAGUGGACCCUGUGGCUGUACUGGCUGUGUUUGAAGAAGUUCAUGUCAAUGAAGUUCUGUUUAUUAUCGUUUUUGGAGAAUCUCUGCUGAACGAUGCUGUAACUGUGGUGCUGUACAAUGUGUUCGACUCUUUCGUUGCAAUGGGAGCUGAUAACGUGACUGGGGUGGACUGCGUAAAAGGCAUUGUGUCUUUCUUUGUGGUGAGCCUGGGUGGAACAUUUGUUGGCAUUGUCUUUGCGUUCCUGCUCUCGCUGGUCACUCGCUUCACCAAGCAUGUCAGAAUCAUUGAACCUGGAUUUGUGUUUGUGAUCUCAUACCUGUCCUACCUCACAGCAGAAAUGCUUUCUCUUUCUGCCAUCCUUGCGAUAACUUUCUGUGGUGUCUGCUGUCAAAAAUAUGUCAAGGCUAAUAUUUGUGAUCAGUCUUCUACCACCGUGAGGUAUACCAUGAAAAUGUUGGCAAGUGGAUCUGAGACUAUUAUAUUCAUGUUCCUGGGAAUUUCAGCUGUAAAUCCAGACAUCUGGACAUGGAACACAGCUUUUAUACUAUUGACUUUGGUCUUCAUCUCAGUGUACAGAGUCAUUGGUGUAGUGAUACAGACAUGGGUUCUAAACCACUACAGAGUGAUCCAGCUGGAAAUAAUAGACCAAGUGGUAAUGUCGUAUGGUGGACUACGGGGAGCUGUUGCUUUUGCUCUAGUUGCACUUCUGGAUGAGAAAAAAGUGAAAGAGAAAAACCUAUUUGUCAGCACAACAAUUAUUGUUGUGUUCUUUACCGUUAUAUUCCAGGGUUUGACAAUCAAGCCUUUGGUACAGUGGCUAAAAGUGAAGAGAAGUGAGCACAGAGAGCCCAAACUGAAUGAGAAACUCCAUGGCAGAGCUUUUGAUCACAUUCUUUCUGCUGUUGAAGACAUAUCUGGACAAAUAGGACAUAAUUAUCUGCGAGACAAGUGGUCCAAUUUUGAUCGGAAAAUCCUCAGUAAAGUACUGAUGAGAAGGUCUGCUCAAAAAUCAAGAGACCAGAUUCUUAAUAUUUUCCAUGAGCUCAACCUGAAGGAUGCUAUUAGCUAUGUGGCUGAGGGAGAGCGUAGAGGUUCCCUGGCUUUUAUUCGUUCUUCAAGUACUGACAACAUGGUCAAUGUGGACUUCAGCACUCCUCGACCAAGUACUGUAGAGGCCUCUGUCUCCUGUUUACUGAGAGAAAAAGCCAGCUCCGUUUGUCUGGAUAUGCAAGCCUUAGAGCAGAGGAGAAAAAGCAUACGAGAUACAGAGGAUACAGUCACUCACCACACACUGCAGCAGUACCUCUACAAACCCAGACAAGAGCACAUACAUCUGUACAGUCGGCACGAGAUCAUUCAGAAUGAAGACGAAAAACAAGACAAGGAGAUUUUCCACCGGACAAUGAGGAAGCGCUUAGAGUCUUUCAAGAGUACCAAACUAGGAAUAAACCAGCCCAAAAAGCUCAACAAAAGCCACAAGAGAGACCGGGGCCAAAAAAGGAGAAAUAGUAAUGCCAUACCAAAUGGAAAAAUACCUUCGGAAAAUCCAGUGCAAGAUUUUACUUUGAAGGAAAAAGAUGUGGAAUUUUCUGAUCCAGAAGAAAAUUAUGAAUCUCUGCAUAUGGACAAAGGAGUUGACUUUUUAGCGAAUGUCACCAAGCAGAAUUGCACAGAUGCUACCUCUGGAAUUGAUAACCCAGCAUUUUCAGCUGAUGAUGAUCAAAGUAUCUACAUGAAGUUCCCGCCAUGGUUAUCUGAUGAAGAUUCUGUAGUACCAUCACAAAGGGCCCGAGUACAGUUACCGUAUUCUCCAAACAACUUCAGACGGCUCACCCCGUUUCGCCUCAGCAAUAAGUCUGUAGAUUCCUUUUUGCUAGCAGAUGGGCCAGAGGAGCGACCCAGAGCUUUCCUCCCAGAAACAACACAUAUGUGACACGAGCCAUAGUGCUGCAGUGACAGGAUACGCUUUCUCAAAUGAGAAACUGCUGCCUUGGAAACCUGACCAAGCAAAACAAAAUGCUUCUGUUUCAGAGAAACCCCUCCACUUCAUUCCAUCUGGCCUUCAAAGGCCCUGGGCACAAAGCUGUUCUUCACUGGAAAACCGAGGAAAUACAACUCUUUCUACUAUCUCAGAGCACAUGACUUCUUAUGACCCAAACCUAACAGAAGUCUAUUGGAAAGCAGUCUCAGAUACGAAUAACAAACCACCUGUCAAUUCAGGAUAUUGUUCUGAAACUAGUUAUGAGCCAGUGAAUUCACAACAAGACAAUUCUGUAGAUAUGCAAGAGAGGCUAGAGGAAUCUAACCCUAAGGAGAACCAAGAGAAGAAAACGCUGCUUAACCCACAAGCCCACUAUAGAUCUGCUGCAGCCAGGCGUGUACAAAGUCGACGCUCUUUUCAUAGACCAAAACCUUUGCAACAUCCCAAACUUCAAAAGUUAGCAUCUCUUCCGUCAUCUUGUCACAUCCCUCCACAUUCUCUGGAACAAGAAGAAACGCAGCUUUGAGCCUUGACUUACGUAAAAGAAGACAAAUGUAGCGAAAAUGGACAAAGUCUUUGGAAAAAGAGAGAGAGAGUGAGAGAAACUCAAAGCAUUGAGCCUUUUUCUAGUACCGUUUCAAGAAAGAAAACACUGGGGUCUACUUUUCCGCUGGACAUACACCAGUAAUUCCUCAUUCACAUUAAAGGGACUUAUGUGGUUGAAUCAAAUUGAUAACUAUGCUUCCUUGUUUCAUCUAGACUGUUACAAAGAUAAAUUCUGUGGCUAUAAUGAGAAUCUUUUCAAAAGGGAAACUGUUUGAUGUUGCUUUUCAAAUUAAAAAUAGUUUUAUUAUGCCAUAUAUUUCCAUAAAACAUCAUUAAGGCAAUACAUUGCAUCUGUAACAUUAAUAAUGCAGAUCAGUAUUCAUGCUGCGUGAAAUUCUUAUAUAUGAGGCCAAUAGUUAAAUCUCUUGCUUGCUAAAUCUAUUCUGGUUGAAAUAGAUUAGUGCCUCUUUAUUAAAUGUGAAAGCUGAAGAAGAAAUAUUGUCCUACUGUUGAAUUUUUGUAUCAUUGCGAAAAGCUAAUUUAAUUGUGGAAUUUUGAUUCUCUAUUGUAAAUUCUUGGGAUGAAACCUUGGUCCCACUGAAGUGAAUGGAAAUUUUUCUGUGGAGUUCAAUGGGGCCAGGAUUUCACCCUUGUUAUCUUGUUAUCUGUUUUAAGUGGUGCUGGGAAUUAAAGAAUGUACAGAGAUAGAAUAGAAUUCUAAUUUACAUGGUCCUAAACAUCUCAUUUAUAUUCUUAAUUAAGCUGCUCUUGUUCAAAUAGCCUCAGUCACACAAAAGUGAAGACAUAGGUGAUUUAUUUGGCUACUUAGGUGUCUUCCAAAAUAUCUGUUAAAUCUUCCUAUUUAUACGUAACCCUCUCUGGAUAUUUUUUUGGAACAGUGAUUUUCUCAAAUACUGUCAUCUUCUGUGUCCUUUGACACAUUGCUUAGGUGCCAUGAUGACUCAGGAUGUUGCUAUUUCUAAGUACUGUAUACCGACACUUUGGCUAUACUGUAUGUAUAUAUUUGUAGAUGUUCGGAAUUUGAGUUUUUAUUUUCCAUUUUUAUGCUAAAUGAUGAUCAUUGAGAUUCUACCAGAUCUCCUCUCCUUACAAACCUAAUCCAACCCACAGUGAAGCCAGUGAAAGUUGUAUUAGUCCCUGUAUGAAAAUGAAGUACAAGUGAAAGGCUCUAAGGACUUUAUAUUUCCAGGCAAGACUUGAACUAACACUGCAUGUCAGGUGGCUCCAGGCUUAGUUUAGCAGCUUCAUAUACAAUUGGUUCCUCUGUGGUGACAUUAUAUUCAGUAUAGCCCCAAUCCCGAGACUUUGAGGCAGAUUCUCAGCCGGUGUAAAUAGUCAUAGUCCCAUGAAGUCAAGUUAGCCACACAGGUGCUUUUAAAAAUCCUAUUAGGCAUCUAUCUGCAUCUUUAGGCACCUAAAUUAUUUUAAAAAUCUGGCCCUACCUGCAUAAUUCAGUCAUAAAAAUGGGACUUAGUCUCCUAAAUCACUUAGGCACUUUUUAAAGUUUUAACCCUAUAGCUAGAACUCAGAUGUUACUUCAGAUUCUAUGGCCCAGUUUUUCAAAAGUGGCUUUUAAUUCUGGUGCCUCCAUGCUUGGGUGUCCAACUUUAGACACACUGGACACCCAAAAAAUAAAAUCAAUGGCCGCUUGCAGAGAUGCUGGCCCUGUACCUUUUUUCUGUCUAUGGCCUCUUAGCUAAGCAUGACAGUUGUGCUAGUGGUUAUGCUCAGAUACCAUGAGGAUGGACAUUAUAUGGAAAACUAGGUAGAUAAAUAACCUACUCCAUAGGGACUGGAUUCAAAUUACCAACUCAUUAUACACAAACCAUCAAGUAAUUCUCUGCUUUCUUUCAGUCCUCCUGUAGCCCAACAUUGACCACCUAGCCAGGGGAAUAACAUGUUGCUUGGAAUAAAGUCCUUAGAAACCAUAGCAAGUCUAGGACCUAGAUGUAUGAUUUGAUGUCAAUGUAAUUUUUUGUGAACUGAGUAAAUUGUUAUGUAUUUUUAUUAUUGUUUUGGUGCAGGGAAAAUAUUUUGUAACCAUAGUUCUGGGUAUUAUUAAUAGGAGUGAUUACUGGAAUUUUACUCAUCCCCAUGAUGAGACAUGUGGAUCCUUUUUGAAAGCCACAGUUAGACUGACCCAUUAUACAGCAGGAGAAAAACACUUUGGGCCAGAUUCUCCAAUGCCUUGCACCUAGAAUAAUCAAUUACACCCACAAAAUCUUAUCCCCAGUUAAUCAAGUGGAGAAUUUUGAUUUCAUAGCAUUUUAUACCUAUUGGGCCCAGGUGUAAGUGACUACACAAGAUGCUAGGCAAUGGAGAAUCAGUUCUUUAUUCAGAAUGUUUUUGAGCCACAUUCACCGAUAUGCUCUGGCUGCUUAUCACUGCUCUGCUGAUGCAAGAGUAACCUAACUGGCCAGGUCAGCCAGGAUGGUGGCUGUUUGCAUUGCUGGAAUGGCACAAAGCAGCCAAGGCAUUCUGGUGAAUCUGGCCCAACAUUUUUAGGGUAUUUUUCAUAGUCCCAGAAAGGCAGCAAUUGUUCUAUCAUAUCCCAGCAUAAUGCCUAAGCAUGAACAACAUACUAGAUCAGAUUCCAUUUCCAGAAUCUGGUUUCUAUGAAAAAUAUCCUUUGCCUAUUACUUUUGUGCAAAUUUCCUUGCUAUGUUGUAGCAGUAAGGAAUGGAGCAUCACACGUUGACACUGUAAGGAGGCCUGGACUAUAAGCUACAUUUUCAAGUAUCAGAGGGGUAGCCGUGUUAGUCUGAAUCUGUAAAAAGCAACACAGGGUCCUGUGGCACCUUUAAGACUAACAGAAGUAUUGGAGCAUAAGC